AUGGCCCGGAUGAACCGCCCUGCGCCAGUGGAGGUCUGCUACAAAAACAUGAGGUUCCUGAUCACCCACAACCCCACCAAUGCCACGCUCAGCACCUUCUUGGAGGACCUGAAGAAGUACGGUGCCACCACGGUGGUGCGAGUGUGCGAAGUGACCUACGACAAGACCCCCCUGGAGAAGGACGGCAUCACUGUCAUGGACCUGAAGAAGUACGGUGCCACCACGGUGGUGCGAGUGUGCGAAGUGACCUACGACAAGACCCCCCUGGAGAAGGACGGCAUCACUGUCAUG